CAUCCACCGCUCAUCAGAGCUAUACUAGACAUCUUUCCUACACAACUCCCCCACCUUGUCUCUGUUCGCUUGGCACUGUGUCUGUCUGCGCGCGUCUCACGUAACCACAACGCUCUUCCCGUAGUCCCUCAUGAUGGCAUCUCAGACGUCUCCAACGGCGGCUAUGCACCCCCACCAUGUUGUCCAGCAGGGUCGAGGUCAACCCAAUGGCCUUGUUGCCUUGCAGCCACCUCAGCAGGCCAAGCCAGCAUCGCAUUUCCUCCAGCAAGCAAAUGAGGGCAUUUGGCUGCAACUUGGAAGUGUUUCCGAGUUGAUGGGUGAGCUUGAUAGCGCAACUCAGGCCUAUGAGCGUGCUCUUAGCUUCAACCACCACUCGGUCCAGGCCAUGCUUGCUAUAUCCUGCAUUCUUAGGUCAAAGGACCAAUUUCCUGCUGCUGUUGAGUAUCUCAAGCAGAUUUUGAGAAUCGAGAAUGCCAAUGGGGAGGUUUGGAGCAGUCUUGGCCAUUGCUACCUCAUGAUGGAUGACCUGCAACAGGCCUAUUCGGCAUACCAGCAAGCGCUGUAUCACUUGCCAGACCCCAAGACCCGGCAGGAACCCAAGCUCUGGUAUGGCAUCGGUAUUCUUUAUGAUCGCUACGGCUCCCUCGAACACGCCGAAGAAGCCUUUUCACAAGUCAUGCGCAUGGACCCUCGCUUCGAGAAGGCCAAUGAGAUAUACUUUCGCCUCGGUAUAAUAUACAAGCAGCAGCAGAAGUUCCAGCAAAGUUUGGAGUGCUUCAAGUACAUUGUCAAUGACCCUCCUCGCCCAUUGAGUGAAGAAGACAUUUGGUUCCAGAUUGGUCAUGUUUACGAGCAGCAGAAAGAGUAUGAUUCGGCUAAGAGCGCUUACAUGCGCGUCCUCGACCGCGACCCCAACCACGCCAAGGUCUUGCAACAGCUCGGAUGGCUGCAUCAUCAACAAAGCACCAGCUUCAAUAGUCAAGAGCAGGCCAUCGAAUACCUCGAGAAGUCGGUCAACUCGGACCAGACAGAUGCACAAAGCUGGUACCUUCUUGGUCGCUGCUACAUGUCUCAGCAGAAGUACCCCAAAGCUUACGAGGCAUAUCAACAAGCCGUCUAUCGCGAUGGUCGCAACCCGACGUUCUGGUGCUCAAUAGGAGUGUUGUACUAUCAGAUCAACCAGUACAGAGAUGCCCUGGAUGCCUACUCCCGCGCCAUUAGGCUUAACCCCAACAUCUCAGAGGUCUGGUAUGAUCUCGGCACCUUGUAUGAGUCUUGUAACAACCAGACCAACGACGCGCUCGAUGCAUACUCGAGAGCUGCCGAACUCGACCCCACCAAUGUGCACAUCAAGGCCCGUCUCGCGCUGCUGAAGGGCCAGCCCACCAACGGCCUGCCCAACCAAGCAGGUGCACCACUUCCUCAGGAUGUACCUCCCCAAGCAUACCAGCCAGGUGCUCUAGGCGCUGGUCCGCCGGCCCCUCAAUGGGGAGCUCCUCCUCCGGGCCAAGCUCAAGGGGCUCAACAGCCACCACUUCCCGCAGGUGGAGACUGGUCUCGUGCUAACCGUCUUGCCGAUCUCCAGAACCCUCAGAACCCUGGUGCUCAGCCUCAGAUGUUGAACCCGUAUGAUUCUAGAGAUCGCCUUGCUCAGCAUGUGCCUCCUCGUCAGCCCACUCCCCCGAAGCAAGAACCUAGACAGUUCCAGGACCAACCUCAGCGUCCACCUCCGCCAGCCCACAGAGGCUUGUCGCCCUCUCCCAAGGUGCUUUACAAUGCUCCUGGGCCUGGCGCAUACCCUCCUGCACCUCAAGCUCAGACUCCUUCUCAGCUUCCUCAGCCCCUGCCUCAGCAACAAGGACCCGCUCCCCCUAACCGUAUUGCCAACCCCAAUUAUGGCCCGCAGUCGUCCAGUGUGCCUCCUCCAGCUGUGAGCAUGGGUGCACCUCCUCCGGCUCAAGGUCAAGCCUCUGGAUACCCUAACAGGAUGGGCAGCCCUCCCGAGAUACGUCCCAUCAUGGAGAACCAGAACACCUCUCCCAACGGCAAGUUUGGUCGUCAGCCUUUUGAGCACCAUCCUACAUCUGGUACUCCCAGCAUCGCUGGGGGUGCUCCUCCACCUAGUGCAGCUAUGCAUGCAGCAGAGGCAGCAGCAAGGGAGCGCGAAGACCGCCCUUCGACUGCUCCUCCCAAGAGACACAGAGAAUGGGAAGAUGAUGCUUCCAGCAUGAGCUCUCAGAAGAAGCCUGCGAACGAGGAGAGUCGUUCGCGCCUGGAAGAUCCUAGCAGCAGACGUGCCUCGCCGCCAGACCGUAUGGAUCGCAUCCCCAACUCUCCUUAUAGAAGCCCGUCAGAAGUGCGACGCGCAGAGGACCAGCGUCGUGCUACCGAUAACUACCACCCAUCAGAGGCUGCACACCACCCGCCAGCUCUUGGCCCACCUCAGGUGAAGCCUCAACCUCAACCCUCUCCACGUAUUGGCGCAAACGAGGAGCGCAGAGAGCAGCACACCCCAGCACCUCCUGCUCAACAGCUUCCCCCUCCUCCUCAACCCCAACCUCAACCUCCUACCCAAGCUCCGACACCUGUUCAGUCUCAACCACCACCGCAGCCGCAGCCUCAGCAGCCCCAUCUGGAGCCCGCCGCUCGUAAGAUGGAGAUGGACGAGGAUUAUGAUGACAGUGGUGAUGAAGACAAGAGGCCCGUCAAGCCUCAAAGCGAGAGAAACAGCCCCAAGGCGAGCAACGGUGUCAACCACGAUUGAUGGCAUAUUCUCGUACAUUGUUGUGAUUGCAUGCGGUCUUUCACGGACGUGGGAUUACAAGGUUAAACUUCUCUGUAAAAAGUAA